AAUUUUUUGCUACGCCAAUGUUUUACAGACUGGAACCACUAGUGAUUCGGGACUAUGCAAGGAUCGCACCACUCCGCAUCUGGCCAUGCAACUGUCCCACACGUGUGCCGUACUGUAACAUGCCGCUGGAACUUAUAGACCCGCAAGAGAUAGGAGUGACAAAAGAGACAACGCCCACCGCAACCAGCACUACGCCUAAGGAAGAGAGUGCGGUUUCACCAGCUGAGACGCCUGUUAGAGAUAGAGGAUGGAGCAUCUGGAGUUUAAUGCGUGGCCCCAACAAGAACCAGGACGGAGUCGCCUCCCCCCAGCAGAUGGACUCUCCCACCCGAGGAAAUUGUCUAGAGCAUCGACUGGACUAUGUGAUCAAAGUGUCAGGUUCACUGGGCGUAAGCGCACGUACUUACAUCAAUAUGUUGAGUUCGCAUACGGCCUACUGGGGCAGCGAGGACGUGGCAUUCUUUAUCCUGACCCGCACUUUUCCAGAACUGGAUCAGCUGGUUGACACUUCGGCUGUACCUUGUACUGAGACGACGAGUGGCGAUGAGUCCUAACCUACCGAGACUUGCAUUCCAUUUCCUCCGAGUCAGUGAACUGGUGAUGCUCCGUCAGAGUUUUUGUACUGAAAAUCAUAGUUUCUUUAACACUUAAAUUGUAUUUACAUUUCCCAGGAAUGCCCACUUUGCUUAAGCAGGGGUAUAUUGUUAUAACAUCCAUUAUUGACUUUUUUAUUCCCAAGUAAAUAUAAAUUUAAAAACUGUUUUUCUACAAUAUUUUCUUACAUUGUCUUCCAGUACAAAUUUUUACUAUAUUUCUUUUCAUUAACAAAACAGUAAUCUGUAAGUGUUAUUUUACAUAAAAUUAACAGUGAUUUUUCGGUACUAAACCAUUUUUUCAGAAUUUUAAUAUAAUUAAUUAUUUUGUAAGAAAUACUUUUGAAUAGGGAAUCAUUUUUCUAUAUUGAAGUACUAUUUUACAGGAUCAUAAGUAAUACUUAAACGUUCUAGCAUGACAGAAAAAAUGUUCAAAGUAUUUAAGCAUAAGAUAAUUUUAUGAUGGGAAAUCUUCAGUUUGAGGAAAUAAUUUUUUACGUACAGCUUGUUAACAUUUAAUGUUAACUUAUAAAUCCUCUUUUGUAUUUUUGAUUACUAGAAAACAUAGUUAAAAUAGAAAUUGACCAAAGACUUUUAAAGGGAACUGACUAGGAGGAAAUGAACUGCAUUGAGAUAUUUAAGAAUUGUCAGAUUUACUAUGUGUAAAAAUAUUGUAUUUUUGUACAAAUAUAUUUCCAACGCAAAACACCGUUCAAAACUUGCCAAAUUUGUUCAUGUCAUAGUGACCUUGAAAUAUUUUAUUUUUGUGAAAAAGUAGCGUUGGAUAAACCAAAUAUUUUUGAAGUUUACUGUAUCGUGAUUUGUUAUAAUUUGAUGAAGUUUUACCAGUUGUAGUUUUUAGAUGAUUUUAUUGUAUGUUUGUUAAGUGAAAGGUUGUUUAUGUUAUUGUCAGCUAUUGUUGCAUUAGGUAUGUUGUGAGGAUAUUUUAUAUUUUGGAAUUCUUUGCUUACAUAGUGUUUUUUAAUCCAUACCUUGCUGUUUAAAUUCCUGACAAUUUACUGGAGGAAUAUAAACAUGUUAAAGAAAUAUACUUUUUUGCAUUUUCAAACUGACUAAUUUUCUUGGCUGCUAAUUAAAAUUUUAACAAAAGCAAACUUAUUCUAAAUGUGAUACUAUUGAAUACCAUUUCCUAAUCUAUUAUUUAAGGAUGGGUCGAUUCCUAUACCAAAUGAAAAAAAGUUAUUACAAAGUAAUGAAUAAAAUUGAAAGAAAUGCUUGGAACGCACUUGGAAAAUCUCAAUUUCACAAUAUAAAGACUAGUGAUGUGUGGAAGCUAAAUCUCAAAUCCACCGAAUCUUCAAAUAAGUCUAUUUGCAGAGGUAACCUUAUCAGCAGUGAGAAAAUUACAUAUUGCUAAAACUGUUAUUGUACCCUGUGGUACAUUACUUACAUUAAAUUUUUAAAUAAUAUUUUUGUAUUAUAUAAUAUAUUUGUGGUCGUGUAUUGGCCAAACAGCUGAUUGACAGCACGCAAAUUAUUGAUCACUAAAACCUGAUAUUGUUGUAACCAUUAUAUGAAAAAUCAUAGAUACUUAAACUAACCAAUUACUUUAGUUUUAUAGAAAAUGUUUUGCUUACAACAGUUCAUGUUUUUAUAUUUAUAUUCAUGCAUUACCAGUCAGUGAGUGGUCAGUCUGGGUGGACAUCACUGCUUAGUGGUAGACAAACAGACUGAGAGCAGGUUAGAUUAGGUUAGGUUUUGCUUACAGUUCAUGCUUUUAUAUUUGUAUUCAUGCAUUACCAGUCAGUGAGUGGUCAGUCUGGGUGGAUAUCACUGCUCAGUGGUAGACAAAUAGACUGAGUAGGUUGGGUUAGGUUAGGUUUUGCUUACAGUUCAUGCUUUUAUAUUUGUAUUCAUGCAUUACCAGUCAGUGAGUGGUCAGUCUGGGUGGACAUCCACUGCUCAGUGGUAAACAAACAGACUUUGGUAUAUCUUGUAAUUUGUGGAGAUGUUUAAAAUAUGUCCUAAAUAAGAAUUUAUGUAAUUUUAUAUCUGAAAAUGUUUUAUCACACUUAAGUGUGGAUUGAAAUAUGUUUUUGACUGAUUCUACUGGCCAAAUUUGCUUUACAUUUUACAAAACUAUACAGGAUAUAAUGUUGUUAGUUACAAAUAAUACAGGAAUCUGUAUAAAAUUUAGAAUCGAGAAUGAAGACCACAAUUUUGUUAUUGGAAUACAUUUUUUUGGUAUCGACCCAUUCCUUUUAUUAUUCAAUAAAAUAUGGCCUAUUUCCUUGACUUACUAAGUUUUUUCAAGAACAAUGAGUUUUGCUAUGUAUUUGUUCAUUUGCUUGCUCAAUGUUAAUAUUUCACACACACUUUUAGUAUUUAAUUCUAUGAGUCUUAAUUUCAUAACAUUUACAGCACUAAUGUCUUGCAAUUGUUUAGUAGUAUUUCAUAAUUAUCGGUUUCAAACACAUUUUCACCUCUUAACUGCAUUAUUUAUCUCUGUACUGAAUAAAAUUUAAUUUCUUACCUGUCAACUACGAAUGUCUACUAGUGCUUUUACUUGGUUUGCAAAGUACUGAACUGUACAUUUUAGUGAGAAAUGUUUUCAAGGUUUACAAUUUAUAAAGUCAUAAUAACCUAGUCUGUUAAUAAUUAUAUACUAUUUAUCUACACCAGACGUAUUCUAUCGUAGGUUCAGUUAGUAUGUCAGUAGUUCAUUUAGUCAGAAUAACAUUAAGUACAAUAAUACUGUUGUUAUUUGGAUAUUGUUUACAACUGACUACAGUCCCGACAGUUUCGCAUCAGACAAACUGCCUCAAUCAACGUUGAUUCAGAUUGAAUUUGUGUUUUAACUGUAUUUUUCAAUUGACUGUUUUAAAUUUUCACUUCAGUUUUGUUUUGGAUGUGAGAUUUAUAAUUUUUAAAUCAAAUUGUUUAGUGUCUAAUUACUAUUAUUUUCCAAAUGGUUACAAUACGUGUGUUACUAAUACAGCAAUUAGUGUUGUGUGUAGAUUGUUAUAUAAGAAAUUAUACGCUUACCUGUGAACAAUAUCAGUUCAACGUUUCUACGGGGUGUAGAAACACCCCUGUCUCUGAAAACUUGUGUCUUUUCAUACUUGUUAACACAAAUUAAUGUGAACAGUGUGUUAUAAUUUUGUUCUAACUAAAGUACGAUUCUGGGUGCAUAUAAGAACUUUUUUUAGGUAUUUGCUAAUUAAAUGAGAAUAUAUAAAUAAAAAAAAAACAUGUAUAACAGAUAUCCCUGUAGCCAAAAAUGUCUUUGUAUUCCACUUGAGUACUUUCUCCAACCCUGAAUUACAGAUAUCUGAGCAAUGUUAUCUUUCAAGAAAUAUUACAAGUGUAUUUGGUUUUAAUGUCAUCUUGAAUUGAGGCUAAGACUCAACAUUUUAUAAGUUUAUACAUUACAUUUAAAUUAGUACAAUUUUCUACUUCUUUAUAUGCAUGAUCUCUUUUAAGUAUCUUGAAAGAAUGCUGUAUUGUUAGUAAUUUAUAUUUUUAAAUUUAUAUGUAAUUCCAGUAUUUCAAAAAAAUCAGAGUCGAGAAGAUAAAUACAAAACAGUUUCAUAAUUGAUUGUUUUUCAUAAUAAUUAUUGUUAUCUGUGGAAAAAUGCUUUGAAAGAUUUGGGAUUAUGAACCUAUGAUGAUUUUUUUUGGAAAGGUAAUCACAGACGGUUGCUUUUGUCUUGAAUAUUACUGUGCCUUUUUUAACUUCAGUAUAUUUCUUGAUGUCUCCUCCAUUACACAGAACACAAUGAACUUCCACCAGUUGAAUUUCCAUUCCCGAAAGUAAUUGAAUAAUACUAUGUAGUUCACAGUCAGUGGGGAGAGUUGAUUGUGAUGUAGAGCGCUUGUGGAGAAUGGCGUAACAGAAUGACACUGUCAGAAGCGCAAUGAAUGUAGCUACAAAGUGCCACCUGGAUUGCACCGCUACCUCAACUCAUUGGUUGAUCAGAUAACUUGGCAGCUUACUUUCCAAAUGACCCUUGUAUAUUGCAAGUAUGUUUUUAAUUACUGUUUGUAACAAUUAUCAGUUAUUUCAUCUGAACCUAACAUUUUAAGUACACAUUAUCUGCAUUUGUAUACACUUGUUUCGCUAUUCUUACUCUCUUUACUUUUCGUAUCCAUUUUUGCGGUGCUACUUAGCUUUUAUGUCAUCAAAUAAUGAACUCUGAUGUUUUAUUUCUGAUACUGGAGAUGAACAAGAGUGGGUGUGAAGCAUAAUUAAGCAUAAUAGUUCUUAAAAUAUUGUUAAUUGUUAUGAAUUAAUGAACAAUGCGGUAUAAUUUGUUUUUAGGCCAUAAAUCAAUCAGAUUAUUAUGUCAGUGUAUAGUGGCCGAUUACUUGAGACAAAAUGUCAAGUACAGUAAUGAUAAGAAAAUUAUGUAAGAUUGAUAAAAUAACUUGUGAUAAAGUUGCUGCUUAUAAAUUACUUUUCUUUAUGACAAGAAUGCAUACAGACCUUAAUUUAGUAUACUCAAUGUAUAACACUAUGAUUUAUCUUUUUUAUGGAGAACAGAAUCUAAUUGUCAAAAUUUGGAUAUUCCUUCCAGAAAACCCCUAUAUCUGGAAAAAUUAACCAGUUCGUAAGAAAUAUUGUGCAGUUAUUCUAUAAAUUUAAUUGAAUAAUUAACAACUCUGUAGGCAUCAUAGUUCACUUCUACUGAUUAGUAGUCAUAUAAAUAAUAAAAUAGGUUUUUUACUUCAAUAUAGUACUAGAAAUGUGUUUUUUAAAGUAAGAACUGUGUUUUUUUAAAGAUAAUUAGUUUUAAAACAUUUAUUUUCAAAUUAUAGAUAUAUUUCUUUAUUUUUCCUCAUAGUUACAGUAUUUUGUUUACACUCUUUCCUAUCUUAUCAUUGGAUAAAAAUCCUUUUUAUAGGAAAUUGCCAGCUAUUUUUAUAAUUAAUAAUUUACAGCUGUUUUCACUCCUUUAUCAUUGUUAUAGUUCUUUGGCAAGAGGUCAGGGUUGCAUGGUAGAUGAUUCAAUUCUUCCAAUCUGAAAUAGUAUUCCAUCAAAUCGCAGGUCUGUAGAGCAUUGAGAGAAUAGUCGAGAGUUUGCGUUAUAUUGGAAAUUUCUAUUCAUCAAUACGCUGCACUAUUUGUAUUUUAAAUAGCUCGUUGGAGCUUGAUCAGUAGAUUUCUUCACUAAUGGUUAGAUUUUACAGCCAUCUGCUAAGAAAAAGUCUAUAUUUCAGAAAAAGGGUGCCAUGAUUUAGUGGAGUGUCAUUUUGGCUUUGAUCUUGACAGGAAAUGUGUGACUUCAUUCUAUAGAUUGUUUCUUUGACUCAGGGAUGAUAUGGGUUUCGUCUCUGUUACAAGUCAUUGAGGUCAUGAUAUACUUGUUCUUUGUUUUUGUCGUUCUUUGUUAGAAAUAUUAGGAUGCAACAAGAGCACAGUUUUUAAAGUUUAGGUUCUAAGACACAAAUUUGUUAAUUACUAAGUUCAGACUUUAUGGAAAUCCUUAAGAAACUGUGGUCAUUGUGAAUCUUCUUUCCACAAAAAUUUUCACUUCAACUUCAGUCACCGAAUUGCCUGUGACCACAGGCAGGUGGUCAAUCUGAGCUGCCUUUGUUGUGAAAAUUUCUGUGGCUAACUGAACUCUGACUAAAUUUGCACUUUCCUCUAUUUAUGGCAUUAUACCAUAAAUCUCACAAAUUUGGUAAUAAAUAUCCGCAGCUGACACUUUUCUUGGUAUAAGAAAAUUAUUUUUUAGUGUAACAAGAGCAAUUCAGUAAUCUUUAUUAUAAAAUAAGUUACAGGAUAAAGUUCAUAAAUCAGCCCUUACUUAAGAAACACCUUGGUCCAAAGUAAUGUCCACCUCAGCCUCUUUUAAAUUGGCACAUUAUUGUAUCCAUAAAAUCAUGUAUAUUAAAAAAAACACAAUGUUCAGGAAAGAUCUUUGAUCACAUAAAAUCAUCUUGGUUGUAUAAUUGUAAGAGUGUAGAGAAGACAUAUUUUCCCUACCAAGCAGUUGUGGCACAUGUUUCAAAAAUGUGAUUAUCUUGUUAUGAAUGUAUUUUUUAUAUGGUAAAUAAAUAAGUUUUGUUUCAAUUUUUCCUUUUUUAUUUCACUUACAACCACAAGUGUUAUAACCACAGUACAGAAUAUACACAUCUAAAAUAUUCUAAAACCAUACAUAAAUGUUGUGUCUGUGUGACAAUACUUAGCACUUCUAAAACAUCAUUCAUCUCUGCAUGCUUCUUGUGUGACAAAUCCAGUUUUAUGUUAUCAACCAUCAAAUUCAUUAUUAAAAUUAAUUAAUGUUGCAUACACAUUUUUAUAUAACCAUCUAACAGUUUUCACUGUACAUUAUGUCUAAAAGUAUGUAGUAAAACGUACCCAAGUAAUUAAAAAUGCAAUUUUAACCCUUUUACUGUCAGGCAACUUAGCUCCUAUGAGCUCCUAUUGACGGUUUAGCAUGUUAUUCACUGAAACUACCAGUCCAAUUGUGACUUUUUGUAGUAUUUCAUAAAAUACUCGUAUGUGUAAGAAUGUUUUGUGUGUCUAGUUUUUAUCAUUUACUAAAAUUACAAAAAAAGUUUUUUACAAUUUUAUUUUAUGAACAUUGCUGACAAUUUUAUUUGUCCAUAUGUUUAUUUACAAUCUCUUUAUGAAAACACAGUUAUUCUCUCAUGAAAAAAAUCAUUUGUGUAUAGCUUCCCAAAUCAUUAUUAAAACAUUAUUUUGGGUUUUUUAUAGUUUUACUCUGAAAUCCAAAAACCUCUGUAAUUACAGUUUAUUUUUUGACAGCUUAUAAACAAUAGUAAAAGAUUUUAAGCAGUACACAAUUUUCUUCAUACACUUGAUUUACAAUUAUUGUAUUACAGAAAUUAAUAAAAUCUUAGAUAUAGCACUGUAAAAGUUUUCACCUGAAUCGGAAGACAAAAACAAUAAUAACACAAUUAUUAACAAUUAACUUAAUUACAUUUAAAACACACAAACCAUUACUUUUGACAACAAUAAUAGUUUUUAAGUAUUGGUUUGUGUGUUUUAAAUGUAAUUAAGUUAAUAGUAGCCAAUACAAGCUCCAUCCUCAACAUUUCAAUUAUUAACAAUGUUUAAAAGUAAGAAUAAUACACACUACAUAGUGUGUAUAAAUAAUAUAUUGUUUGGCUGAAAUAACCAAGAAGCUCUUGAAGUGUAACAUCAAAAUAUUUUCCAUAUUUAAUGUGUUUUAUUCUAAAGAAAAUACUUACUGUAGAUAGAUUUUGGAUUAAUUCAAUUUACAGGCACUGCUAGUUUUGUUUAGUUUUUCAACAUCCAUAAAAGUAAAUGUUGGCAAUAAAGGGGUUAAAAUCGCAGGGUAACAAAUGUACCCUGUUUUGGAACAUCGAAAAGUUUACAAGUUUAAUUAUCUCUAUCCAAAAGAAUCAGUAAGUAAACAAUUUAUUGUAUAGGUCUGAAAUGUUUUUCUAAUAAAUUUAAUAGGAAUUCUAAUCAGAAAAAUUAAUUUAAUUUAUAAAUUUGCAGUUUUUAAAAGUAGUUCAAAUGUUGUAAAAAGUUAUUUUUGUAAUAAUUGUAAGCAUUGUAACUGGCAAGGUUUUAUUGUGUUUUAAUUGCUUACUUUCUCAUGAAAGUAAUUUUAUUAUUUGUAUUUAGACAAUCUUGUUUUGUAGAAAUGUAUCUGUUAGUUAAGGGGUUUGGUUCUUCCACUCUAUUGUACUGUUUAUGUGAUAUAUUUUUGUGAGUGAUUUAAGUGUGUAACUAAUUAACAUCUUUUUACUCUGAGCAUUUAUUAGGAGUGUACAACCUCUCUGUGCUGUAGUAUUUAAUUAUUUGGUUUACCCUUUCAAUUAUCCUUUCUGCUCCUGACACAUUCUGCAUUCAGUUUCAAUGGAAUGGAGAUUGUACUAUACCAUUACUUGUAAUUAGUUUGUUGCAAGACCUUGUCUAUAUAAAAAACGUAAAAUAAAUGACAAACAUACUGUUAAACAAUUAAUGUUAAAUCAUGUACUGGUAUACUAAAAAUUUGAAGUUUUUGAAAAUGCAUGGUGAGUAUUUUUUAAUAACUUUAUACUACCAUAUUAUAUGUUUGAAAGUUUAUAUAAGUUCACAAUCAUACAAUACAAAAAUGAUUUUUUAGUAAUAAAGUGUACCUUUAUUGUAAACUUAAAUAAUGUUGUACCAAAUUUUGUGCAAGCUUUACAGUCACAUUGUUUUUCCUAUUUUUUUAACAAUAAUUGUAAUUUACCACCGCAAAUAACUUAUGUAACUUAUAUUUUAUAGUUAUUUAAUAAACGUCAGAGGAAUAAUGAUUAUCGUUUUAAUUGAUUUUCCAAUUAAAAACAAUAUUUUAUUGAAUGAUUGAUGUUUUAUGAAUUAAUUUUAACUUAUCACAAUGCAAAAAAACUUAUACAAAUUCCUAACAAGAAGCAAAAUAUAUGAACUACAAGUAAAUAAAUUUAUUGGAUAAACAUCCAAACACAAUGACAGCAGAUACAAACUUGUGGCAAUAACUCAUUAAACUAGUCACGUUUACUUACAUAAAUAUGAUUCUCAUAAUCAUAUACAAAUUUACAAUGAAUCAAAAUGAAAACCAUUGUUAAUCCUUAUGGUGUGUUUUUUUUGUUUCAAAACCAAAACAUAUGUAGAAAAAUGCCUAAACAUCUACUUUGCAAUUUGUUAUGGUGUUCUCAACAUACAGAGUGGGCCUUAAGUCAUUUGAAAAAGUCCAUUGUACCUAUUAAUAAUUAAUCAAAUGUUUAGUAGUAUUUAGUUGUUUGAUUGUCAUGUAAAAAGGUUUCUAAUAACGUAUGAUUUUCUGACCAACAUAACCUCAAAACAUCAUUGUAUAACAACUGACUAGCUACAAAUAUAGUCAUGUUGACACUGAGAGAAACUGGCCAAUGUCUAAUGGUUCACUCCAUGAAAUCACCUUAUAUACAUUUAUGCCACUAAAAGAGUUCAUAUGAUAAUGAAAGUCUGUGUUUUUACUCCAAAUUGAUUUUAAAAAUGUAUUAAAGAAAUUUGUCCCGUCCAAAGCGGCAUAAUAAAAUUAUCUAAUAAAAUUUCAUUACAAAAUUUUUUAAAUGUUUUAGGCUACAUGGUACAAUUAAUGGUUUUAUUUUAUUUUUCAAAUGUACCAUAGAAAAGAAAAUAUUUAUUUAAAAACAUUAUUUUGUAAAACAGGAUGACUGUAGGUUGAACUAUUUUAAAACAUUUUCAAAUACUUCCUCUGCUUUAUGAAGUUUUUACUCAGAAAUAUAUUUUUAAAACAAAUUUGUGUUCAUCGUAAAUGUGUGUGUUUAAUAUUCCUUGACAGUGGAUGGUUUGAAAUUCAAUUUGUUUCAAUAACAACAUUUAUGUAUUUUAAGUUUAGAGGGUGUUUCAACUGCAAACAAAAUAUAUAGCAUGAUUAAAUGGUUACACCAAUUUGUCAAAAUAUAUGUUUAACUAUAAUAAAGUAUUCCACUUGACUAGGUUUGAACUCCCAUGAUAGUGAAUUUAAAAUAUUUUUGCCUCUAAGUAAUUUAUGUUAUUAAUUGUAAGUGUUUUUCUAAAAUACAGUGUAUGCUAUAGUAUAUUUACUUAAAUAUUAUUUUUUAAUUAGGUAUAAACAAAUUUUAUUUUAAAUUAUUGUUAAUGAUGUAAUUUUGGCUUCAAAUAGAAAAUGGCCUAAUAAUUUAUUUUAAAAUACAAUAUUGUAAUUAUGUACAUAUUGUAUUUCUAAAAGUUAAAAUAAAUUUAAAAUAUUGUGAAAUUUUAUCACCAGUACUCUUUAGUCCUUUUUAAAUUUAAAAAGUUCUUUGAUUUUAAAUUUAGGAUUUUUUAAGUUCUUAGAUUGCAAUCGCUCAUCAUUUCAUAGUUUGUUCUCUUGUUUCGUCAAAACAACUGGAAAGGUUGGAUGUACUUUGCUAAGAUCACUUAAAUGAGGAAAUUCAAGUUCCUAUAAGACACUGAUAGUGAUUUUAAAACUGUUUUAGUUAAAUUUUAAGAAAUAUUUGUCUGUAGUAAAUUUGGUAUUCACAGUAAGAGGAUUUUAAAAAUGAACUCUAUAAAAUGCAUGGUUAAUCUUUGUGCUAAACUUAAUAACUACAGGGUAACUGCAAAGUAGUAUACUAAUGGGUACUUGAAAACAUUCCAUAAAACAGUAAAUUUGUUAAUAUACUGAUAUAACGGAUUAGUAUAAUAGUAGUUUUUUUUUGUAAAUGUUCAAAAGUCAUUGGAAACUAUAAUGAAUUUUUCUGUACAAAAUUUGUGUUAUUCAAAAGUUAUUGUGAUUUUAAAUAUUUCCACCACAAAAACAUCAAGAAGGAACACAAUAAAUAAAACACAUGUUUUCUGAUACCCAUUAAAAUACAAAUAAAAUAAACAAUCAUACACCAAAUGUUAAAUUUAUGUUGUAUUAUUGUUCAUUAGUAAAAGUGGUGACUGUGGAGGGGGCAUGUGUUGUAUAUUACAUUGUGUGAUAUCGUUUUGUGGAGCGAUAUCACAUAGCUCUGAACUGUUUAUUACACUGUUCUGAAAUGCAUAAUUAAUUUCUUUAAUAAAAUUAUAGCUCAGGGGGCAAGUGUGUAUACUAUAUUGUAUUUAGUUCUGUGGAGCGAUAUCACACUGAGCUCUGAACUUGUUUAUUACACUGUUCUGAAAUGCAUAAUUAAUUUCUUUAAUAAAAUUAUAACUCACUCAAAAACAUAGGCACCUCAAAGUAAAGUCUUAAUGAAAGCAUGUAGUUAUUUCACAGGCUGUAUUACAUAUUGGGAAUAGAUCACAUAGCACUACUUUGGUCUUAAAAAAUUACAUGAUAAAUUUUACUGCUCCAGAACAAAUUUUGACCCAAUUGAUAUUGCUCUUAGGCCUAUUUCCCUGCUGUUAUUUAUAAAAAAUAUAACCAACUACUUAGAGGUUUGACUACACAUAUGUGUGCAGAUCAUUUCUGACACUUAUGUUUUCAUAAUAUGAGAUACCAUUUAAGAUUUGGAAAGCAUGAGAAUUGGUGAUUAACUUGACAUAGCAAUAAAAUCAGUAUUAGAGUGAUUCAGAUCCAUGGGUAACACCUAGUUUGCCUGGCCGGUGGUCUCUUAAUCAAUUUAUUAAUGUUUACUAAACAUUAGUCACUUUUAGAUAGGGACAAGACAAUACAGUUUAUUGACAUUAAUUCAAUAUGUACAAUGGAUUUGGUUUGUCCCCUGUAUGUUUAAAAUGCCAAAAGUUGUGGAAUGAAAUGGAAGACCAUUCUGACUUGGUCCUCUUGUUUAUACAAAUGUAAUAAAAUAAUUUGUAUUGUCAUAUACUUUUUACAAAUAUUGACAAAGUCAAGUUGCAGCUCAAUGGUUAAUUCAAAAUAACUUACAAUAUAAUAAUCAAAGACUUGUGUAAUCAAUAAAAAUAUCAAGAUUUUAUUAAUGUAGUUCCAAUAAAUAAUUUGUGUGAGGAUAUUUGAUUUUAAUAUGAAGUAUAUUUUUUAAAUGUUUUGUAAAUAUAUUUUUCUGAUUAAAGAACAGUAAGUACGAUUCAGUUGACAGAGUUUUAUAGAAUACGUUUUGUCAUUGUAAUGGUUGGUGAUUUUCAUUAUUAACUUUGUCUUUGCAAAGAAAAGAGAAAUCUCACUGUAUUAAACACAGUAAAAUUACACGCGUUUUAAUAUCCUCUUAUGGGUAAUGGUGAAAAGCCUAUUUAUAAUCUGUUUUCACUGACAUCAUGUUUGUUUUGUUCUGCUCCCUCCACAAGCACAUAGUUGUAGUGUUAGUAAACAGCCGUCAUGUCACUAUCACCUGUUUGUACUAGUGUUAACGUGUUUAGCUUGUGCAUGGGUCCAGUUGUCCAGUCUGUGAUAUUCGCCAAAUAUGAAAUUGUACCUACCAUUCCAUGUUUUUAUCAUGUAUUUUAUACAACUGUACACAGUUCGGUGCAGACAUGUGAUGUACUGUAUGUUGAUAAUAAACUUUUGCCAUGA